AUGUUGGCCUGCCUGUCGCUUCCAGCGGAAGGUAGGGGUAUAGCCAUCGAUUCGGAAUUUGUAAGACGUCCCAUCCCUGUAAAUAAGUCGAAGCAAGCGCCUAGCGGGGACAGUCGUUCCGUUCAUCGUAACGGAGGCAUCGGGCCAUUGGAUGCUAGCUACGGUAUUUGUGACAGCCCUUGUGCCUCUCCUCCGGUCUCGCUGGACUUGGGUCGAUGUAAUCCUGGUGACCGACUCAACAGUCUCGAUAGUAUACAGGGGAUUCCUGGAGUCAUCCAAGAGUUGACCAUUGAGGAAGGAGGUUGCAGAUGA